AUGACGUUCAGCAACAGAUGAAUUUCGCGAUCGUUCCUGGGCAGCUGCGGACGAGCCUCGGCACAGCUGCUGCCGCCGUGCCCGUAAAGGAGUGCUGUUCGACGGUGUGAUGUUCGCCAGGGUCCCGGCGCUUCCCUCGCCUCUCGCACCGUAGCCUACCGGCGAGCUAACGGUUUACAGCCCACCUCCACCCCCCCUCUCCAGAGCCCCCUCGUGUGUUCCCGCUGUCAGUGGCGAGUUGGUCGGUGCGACGGCAGCGACUCGCUAUGGAAGCGCUGUGGGUGAUUCUGCUGCUGCUGGUGCCGCUGCUGAUGUGGACCAGCAGCACGUUUGUUUUCUAUUUCAAAAAGUGCUUCUACGUGGCCUGGAUGAUGGUCCUGGGGCUGGUCGCCAUCCCUCUGUGCAUACUGAAGAGCGGCGGCAGAGACGUAGAGAACAUGAGGAUUAUCCGCGUCCUGGUUCGUCACGUGAAGUAUUUCCUGGGUUUGCGGUUUGAAGUGAGCGGUUGGGAGCAUCUGCAGACUGAGGGACCCUAUGUCAUCAUCUCCAACCAUCAGAGUUCCCUGGAUGUAUUGGGCCUGAUGGAGAUUUUACCAGACCGCUGCACCAUGAUCGCCAAGAAGGAGUUGAUCUACGCCGGCACAGUGGGCCUCAUCUGCUGGCUGGGCGGCAUCGUCUUCAUCAACCGCAAGAAGACGAGCGAUGCCAAGAGUGUCAUGGCUGAGGCUGCCAAAACCAUGUUGGACGACCAGAUUCGUCUGUGGGUGUUCCCGGAAGGAACGCGAAAUCAGAAAGGCGACCUGCUGCCAUUUAAAAAAGGCGCUUUCCACCUGGCAGUGCAGGCACAAGCGCCCAUCAUACCCAUCGUUUUCUCCUCCUACAACAGCUUCUACCUACGGAAAGAAAAGCAGUUCAAAUCAGGGACCAUCAGAUUGCAGAUCCUUCCAAAGAUCGACACAAAAGGGAUGACAACUGAUGACGUGGCGUCCCUCUCCGACAAAUCCUUCAACGCGAUGCGCUCGGUCUUCCUCGACACCUGCAACUCUGUUCCCCAGAGCAACGGGCCCUCGAGGCGCUGAACACUUACCGUACUCCUGCCUCUCCUCCUACCGUGUCCCUGUCUGAGACCCAUUCCUUCCCCCCCUACAGACCUCCCUGCUCUCCGCCACCCCCAGGUGGACCCAUUACCUGGCCAGGAAACAACAAGACACAGGUCCCUUGUCAUGUCUUGUCUCGUAGAUGCCUGGUCCAGUCCGCAUCUGGCCUGGCCAUACAGCACAGUCAGUCCCGACCCUCACUGUGUCUGCAGCAGCACGCCGUGAGCGGAGUGACGGACGGACGAGCCGAACAGUAUGGAUGUGUGUCGUUCUUCAUGCAUGCCUUUUGGAUGGCUCUCUCCACCCUCUACCUGGCUUUAUUCUCUUGCUUCGGACGCCAGUUCUUGUUUGAUCACCAUUUAAUUUUCUUUGUCUUUUUUUAUUUUUCUCCUUCUUUUGGCUUUCUGUCGAGCAGAUGAACUUUGCAUUCUCUCUAUUUCUGUUCAUAAACGUCAGUGGCUAUUUA